UCUCAGCGCAAGGCCCGUGGCGCAUCAAACGGCUCCGCGCCAUGGCGCGGAACACCUUGGCCAUGCGGACCCAUGCGGACAGCGCCGCAGGGCGGCUCGCUGAAAGAGUUGGCCCGGACAGCAGCAUGGCGCGAAGCCUUGCAACGCCUCGAGCCCGAGGCUGUACCCUGCACCCAGCUUAUGACCGCCCUGCUACGACUGGGCCACUGGCAGAAGUCGCUGCAAGUCUUCGAUUUGCUGCGGGCUGCUGGCAAGUGCGACGCGGUGGCCUUCAAUGUUGGCAUCAGCGCAUACGUGCAGGGCGGCCAAUGGCAGCAGGCACUCGCACUGCUCAAGGAAGCCCGCGAGCACUCGCAGGCGGACGGCAUUGGCAUCGGGGCAGUUUUGGCCGCCGUUGAUCGGUGGCCCUUGGCGAUGGAGGUACUGUGGUCGCUGCGAGAGGCUGAGCUGCAGGUGGAGGACAAGCUGUGCAGCGCUGCCGUGUCCUCUUGCAGCAAAGCGAAGCAAUGGCGGGCGGCCUGCGCUGCCAGCUCCGGCGCCCCCAGGAACACGGAGAUGCUUUGGAACGCACUGAUCAGCGCAUGCGACAGGGGCCACCGAUGGCGCACUUCGCUUCUGCUCUUCCGCGCGAUGCAGUCGCAGUUUCUGGGCAGCGAGGUUUCUCACAGCGCUGCUUUGCAUGCCUCCGGGGCCGGACAAUGGCAAGCCUGCAUUAGCCUCCUUGGUGAGAUGGAUGGGCGCUAUGACCUCAGCAUCAUCACCAUGAACACGGCAAUGACUCUCUACACUGGCGCGGGUCGCUGGCAUUUCUCCCUGCUGCUCUUCUCGAAUUUGCCUCUGCUGCGGCUGCGCUCGGAUCGCAUCACCUGGACGGCGGCCAUUGGCGCUGCGCAGAGCGCCCGUCUCUGGCAGGAAGCAGUGCGGCGCCUCAAGGCGAUGGACGCAGACCCUGUGGCCCUCAACACGGCGCUGCAGGCCGUGGGCUGGGCAGAGGCGCUGCGGUUGCUGCGAUGGUCCUACGCCCAGGGCAUGCAGAGAAGUUGCUUGCCGUCCUGCGCGGCGAUGCAAAGCUGCGAGAGGUGGCCGAUGGCACUGCUGCUGUUCCAGGACAUGGCCCAGGACUUACCGCCCGAUGUGGUGGCGAGGAAUCUGGCGCUCACCGCGCUGGGGCGCGGCCAGCGGUGGGAGCAGGCGCUGGAUGCCAUCGUAGAGCAAGAUGUGGACAUCAUCGCCUACAGCACUGUCAUGGGCAUUUGCGGCGAGUGGCAGGUGGCGCUCCGGUUGUUUUGGCUCCUAUGCGCUAGUCGCAUGCGCUUGGACAGCCUGCCGUACAUGACGGCCAUCAGUGCCUGCGGCUCGAAUGGGCAGUGGCAGCUCGCGCUCGGUGUGCUGAAGGAGUACAGAACCUCCCGCUUGACAGAGGUGGGCGUUUUCAACGCUGCCAUGACCGCUUGCACAAAGGCGAUCCAGUGGCACAAGGCCUUUCACCUCUUCCAAGACAUAGGCGCCUCCCGGGACAAGGUGACUUGGGGCGCCACGCACGCGGCGUUGGAAGCGUCGAACAGGUGGCGCUUGGCCUUUCACUUCGCGCACAUCUCUGUAGCUCAUUGCCAGGCGGACUCCUUCUUCAUCGCGUCGAGCUGUGAAAAGGCCAGCGAGUGGCCGCAGGCGUUGCACCUCCUGGCGCCGGUUUUUCGCGGCCGCCUCGACGACUCCGUCGCAUGGAACUUGGCGGCGACCGCCGGGGCGAAGGUUCUGGAGUGGCAGCGCGGCCUGGCGCGUUUGUCAGCUGAGAGCUUCGGGCUGCAGCGGCUCCCAGCCUACGAUGCCACCUUGCAGGCCUGCGCGCGCGCGGGCAAGGCCGACCACGCCUGGGAGGUGCUGGCGGCAUCUGCGAACCGCCCUGCCCUGUCCUUCCUGUGGGCGCUUUCCGUGCUAUGCCCAGCAGAGGCGCUGGUGAUCCACAAAGCCUGCGUAGAGGCCGCGACUGCGGCCUCGGCCGCGCCGGAGGCCGCGGCGCUGUUUCUGUAUGCGACUGCCAUGCUGGGAGCCCAGAAUUGGCAUCACGCCGCCUUCCGGGCCAUGGCUGUCCGGAAAAUUGCGGAUCUCGACAUGGACCAGCUGGUGAUGUUGGCCGGCGCUGCAGAUGCGAACGCGGAGUUUUUGGAGGCUGUGGCCUCCCAAGCUGAACGUUUGGCCAACUUGAUGGCGAAGACCCACCUGGAGCAGCUCGCCUUUGACCGGCAGGGGCUGAAGCUGUUGGGAGUCUUGUUCUCCUGCGCCCUGGCCGACUGCCUCCCCCGCCGUGUCUUUGCCACGUCCUUGGCCCUGCUGCGCCGCGUGGGCGCCGCCAAAGACGCCGUGGCCGGAGAAGCGGCGACGCAGGCGCUCGCUAUGGAAGGCGUUUCAGUGGACACGCCCCACAUGGCGGUGGUCCGCAAGGCUUGCGGCUGGGAGGUUUACGGCGGCCAUAGCCCCCGGCAGUUGGCGGACCUCGCCAAGACCUGCUGGGGCCAGCGCCGGAUCUUCCAGGACCUCAACCACCGGCAGGGGUGGAUGCACCGACUGGACGUGCCGAGCUCGGGGCUGCUGGUACUGGCCAAGAGCUACGAAGCCUUCUACGACCUCCAGGCGCAGCUCCACGCCGGCCUCGUGGAGCGCGGCUACACGGCGCUCUGCCACGGCUGGGUGGCCCAGGCCACUCGGCGGGAGACGGAGACGGGCCCCGUGGGGCGCUGGCGGCCGCUCAGAGCGCGGAUCUUUUGGCACGGCGCGCAGCGCGCGGUCAGCGGCGGCCGGGGCCGCGCCAGCUGCACCUGGCUGUGGCUGCACAAGCACCUGCAGCACCCGCUGGGCGCGCUGAGCUCUUUGUCUUUGCGCCUGAGCACCGGCCGGAAGCACCAGAUUCGUAGUCACCUGGCUCACCUGGGCCAUCCCGUGGUCAGCGACCAGGUCUACCAAAGCGCCGGGACUUGGGGGAAGGACCUGGAGUUCUACAAGAGCAACUGGCUCCAUCGGCACCGGCUCAGCUUUCAGGAUCUCGACGCCAGACCCGUGGAGGUGUCCUGGCCUGUGCCGGCGGCCAUGACGGAGAUGCUGCGGAAGGCCCUGGUGGUCAAGAACCAAUCGCUGCCGCGAAAAGAUCCAGGAGUCAUGGACUUGCUGGAGGCCGUCUCGGACGCCCGGGGCCUGGCCAUCCUUGGACAACGCAGCCUGGGGGAGGUGGAAGAUCUCAUUGCGCAGGGUGCCAAUGUGGAGGCUUCUCAGGACCUAUCGCCGGUCCUUGCGCAGGCUGUGCAGGCGCAGCAGACGGAGUUGGUGAAGCUACUCUUGCGCCAGCGCGCCUCAGCGGCCAGCGCCGACGCCAAGGGCGUCACGCCCCUGCACCUCGCGACCUUUGAUGGGUCACUGGACAUCAUGAAGCUGCUGAUUGGGAACAGGGCAAACUUGGAGUCCAGGGAUUGUCAUGACCAGACGCCUUUUUUCUUCGUUCCUAACAGGCGCGCGUGCAUGGUGCUGGGCAACGCCAAAGCGGACCCCAACGUGCUGAACCACAAAGGCCAGAGCCCUUUGCACCUCGCCGCUCAUGCGGGGCUCAAUGACGCUGUGCAGUGGCUGGCAGACAACAUGAGCACCGCCAGCCUCAACGCGCAGGACAAGCACGGGCGCACCGCGGUGUACUGUGCGGCUCACUCCAGCCUCAAGUCCACCAUUCUGCUGCUCCACGACAAGGGCGUGGACAUGGCGCUGCGUCCCAAGAAGCAUCGUGGCAAGAGUCAGAGUACUGCUGGACGGCUUCUGGACGAUAUCGCCAAGAAGGCCGAGAGGGGUGCCUGGCGGGAGCCGCGGGAGAAGGCCGAGCGAGAGGCGAGAUCAAAGUGUGCCGCCCAUUGCCGUCGCUGA